AUGAACUGGAUCCCUGUAGCCGCCAUCCUCCAAUAUCUUCGUUUCAAAAAACCGAAGAUUCGUCAUGAAAGAUUGGCCGUUGAUGAGGAAGAUGAAACGUUUUUGGUGCCGCGUCGUCCGAUAAAACACCCAGAUUUCUGGGACUCGGCAUUGUGUGAGUUCAACCCAGAUGGAACUAUGUCAAUAAUUCCAGUAGGAUCGAAAGAGUGGAAUGAAGAGAUGGAAAAAUUCUUUUUGAAACAAGAAUUAGUGGAAAGUAUAUGGCACUACAAACAAAAGGACCAGGAACAGCCGUUUUAUUAUGAAAAUAAAACAACUGUUGAGGCGGAAACGCUGUUGUAUCGGGAUGGAAUUCAACCAGGGAAAUAUAUGGUUUCAUGCAACACAUGGAAGCAAUUCAAAGAUCAAUUUAUAUUGUAUUUUAUUGCGAUAGAUGGACGAGUGAAGGUCAGAGUGAUCAUGUAUGAAGUAAUCAAUAACCGACUUCGAUUUUCUAUAAAAGAAACGAAGUUUUGGUUUUUAUCGAUCUCAAGUCUUAUCAGCAAUCUUCAAAUCAAUAAUACUUUCCUUAAUGGGACUCCUCUUACAUGCACAUUCCGGAAGCUGCGAUAA